AUGACUAGUCUUCCCACAAAUCUACUUGCAGCUAUAACCAAAACUAUCGAGGAUGCAUUUGAGAAAGUGAGAAAGGAAGACCACGAAACGAUAGAGAGAUUAAGAGAAGAAAAUAAUGCAUUAAAAGAGACUAUCCGACUACACCAAGAAGAAAUUGGAACUUUGAAAUCCAGGGUAAAAGAAGAUGCAAGAUCCAGCCAAUUCUCGUCUCCUUCAAAUAAGGGUCCAAUACUACAUAUUUCCCCCAAGUCAACACAAGGGUCGCGCAAAGGAAGUGCAACCGACACCAACACGAAAACACCAUCAAUUGACAAUAUCUAUCAGCUUCCAACUCAAUAUAGUGAUACCGAUGAGGAGGGGAAUACUGUGGAAAAGACAUCGUCUCCAGUAAAAAUCAACUACGCACCACGGAAAGGGUCAAUGAGUGGGAAUGCAUCAUCAGGGUCCACCAUUUUUGUUGGCAGCAAAAUUGGUUCUGUCCAAGUGAAGCAUCAAUUGAGCCCAACUAGAUAUGAAAGCAAAGGCAACAGUAACGGCAACUUACACACACACUCACCACCUCGCAAGAUAGCUCGUUACAAAAGUAUCGAACUUAAAGAGGAUGAAGGUGUUGAUGAAAAUACCCCACCUGCAUUCCAGGGCAAGAUGAACUCAAGUGAGGAUGUCGAACAAAUUGCAGAUUCCCAGGAGGAAGACGAAGCAAACCACGUCAUUAGCCAAACAGUAAUUGCAGCAACACCUGAACCAUCAUUGCCACCACUAAUUGAAAUACCAAAGAACUUAACCCUGAUUCAAACUCGACAGUACCUUUCUCGUUAUUACGCCAAUAUACUCAAAUCUGACCCCAAUUUCAAAAUAAACUUGCAUCAAAACCCAAUAAAGCAAAUAUCGUGGGAUUUCAGUGAUUUUAUUGCCAACAAAAACUACAAACCAGACAAUUUCACCCAAUUCAUCAAACGUAACUCGAUAAUGGAUGCCAAAAAAUUCAAUCAAUACAAACAAUUUUACAAUUUCAAUCAAAGUCAACAAGAUUUUGAAGAUAAACUACUGCAAAUAUUUGACAAGUUUGAGUCUCCGCCGGGGUUUAUGCAACUGGAUUUCCCAAGUACGCAAGAAUUGGACGAAAGGAAGCGGACUAUACAAGAACGACAACUGAAAAGAUUAGCGAGAAGGAUAGCUAGUUGUGUGACGGUGGAAAAUGGGGUUCAAAUUGGGGAGUUUGUGUUUGGGCAUGAAGUGUUAAAUCAGUAUGUUAUACGGGGACGUUGGUAUGUUGAAGGGAGUUAA